AUGAUCAUGGGCAGUCGCUUCUGCAACCUCAACGGCAUAGUAGAAUCAGUCCUUGAACUCGAUAUCAUCUGUGUCGCUAUUGAGUACAGACUAGCCCCCUCUCAUCCCGACACAGCUAUCAUCGACGACUGCUACGCUGGUCUUCAAUGGACAUUCAAAAAUGCGGCGAAACUAGGAAUCGAUUCCUCCAAGACUGUAAUCACCGGACUCUCAACAGGCGCAGGCCUCGCCGCCGGCGUCGCCCUAGCCAGCGGCUAUUUUUCACCCAUGAUCGAUGACUAUAAAGACUCUGGCUCUGCACACGCACGCAUUCGACAGAGUCGGAAUCUGGGAUUGCAAAGCGAAUAUGGCUAG